AGCAUCCCUAUGCCCUACUCACUCUGAAGAGAACAGCAUCUGAUGCGAGGACUCUGGACGGGUGGUGUUUGCAGUUUGAAUCCUUUGGGAAGGGAGCAAUCACAGACAACGUCGUUUUCAUAAUUUGCUGGCGUCCCCUUCCCACAGUAUCCUUUAAGGACGCAAAAACGCCGUUUGACAUCCCCCGAAACUAAGAUGAGAGCAGGAAAAAGGUUACGCAAUCACUGGGCUAUUUAUACGGCUGCAUGUUUUUGUGAUGAGAGGACGUGAAGAGACAGAAGAUUAGGACGUUUCCUCUAAAAUGAGUCAACAAGAGAAGAGAGAGGAGGACACUGCCUCUAAAAUAAGCUGUGAUCAACCCACAAAGAGUCAGCCCUCUGCCUUCAGUGAAGCAGAAAUGACCUCUGAACCCAACAUCACAAGGAGGAGGAGGCAGAGAUCUCCAGAACCCAGCAGUGUGUCUCUGAAGAGUGACACAUCCAUGAAAAAACCCCCUAUAUUCAGUGAUUCAGCAGUGACCUCUGACUCUCUGGGCAAAAUGCAUGACACAGAUGCAAUCAGCUCAUCUUCUACAUCCCACUCUCAGACCCACAUCAGAGAUGAAAGAACUGAAGCAGACCUACAGAAACACACACUGGAGACUGGAGACUUGCAGAGAGUCAAGGACCAGCACAAAACCAGCAUGAAGAACAAGUAUGAGAGAUUGUUUGAGGGAACCAAACUCCAAGAGAAUCAAACCUUCCUGAACAGGAUCUUCACACAGCUCUACAUCAUAGAGGGAGAGAGUGAAGGAGUGGAUAAAGAACAUGAGGUUUUACAGAUGGAGAAAACAGCCAGAACAAAACACUCACAAGACACCGCAAUUGACUGCAAUAACAUCUUUAAAGUCUCAGCUGAACCAGGAUGUGAGGAGAAAGAGCAGAUCAAGACUGUUCUUACUAAAGGCAUUGCUGGAAUCGGAAAAAACCGUCUCUGUGCAGAAGUUCAUUCUGGACUGGGCCGAGGGAAAAGACCUGAUUGA